AGAUGACCCAAGAUCUGGUUGGACUGUGGCUCCACCACGGCAGAUAGGGAGGAAUUUGAACAUCAUUUCCAUCGAGGGACAAACAACAACAGAGAAAUUGAAGGGUGAGAUCAUCGAUGCGGUGCUGGACGAUAGGUAUUUUGUUGUUGGGUUGUAUGGUAUGGGAGGUAUAGGCAAAACAACACUCCUACGACACGCCAAUGAGCACUUUAGGAUGACCCAGCACUUCGAAUCUGUGAUUUUCACCACUGUGUCAUCCACACCCAAUUUCAUAGAAAUACGAAAGCAAAUUGCUGAAGGCUUGGGCUUGAGAAAUCGCCCAGAUGACGAUGAUCUGAAAGACCAAUUGUCUCUCUUUUUGAAACAAGGAAGUAUUUGUUGAUAUUAGACGACAUGUGGGAGCCUGUUAUUGAUCUGGGUGAAAUCUGCAAUAUUCCAAGGCCAAAGAAAGAGAAUGGCUGCAAAAUAUUAAUGGCAUCUCGAUUAAUUUCAGUGGCUAUAAAAUUUGUGAUUGGGUUUGGAGCAAGAGAUUCCCUUCAAUCGAUUCCAGUGAACAAAUUACGACCAGAUGAAGCAUGGAAGGUUUUUGUUCAAAAAGUAGGUGAGCCUAUUACUUCUAAACCAGCAAUAAAACCCUUUGCCAAGGAGGUUCAUAGAAAGUGUGAUGGAUUGCCGCUAGCUAUCGUUGUUAUUGGUGGCACAAUGUCAACACGUGAAACAGAGGGUGAAUGGAAAGAUGCUUUACGUGAAUUGGAUCAGUCAGCUUCAAAUCUUGGAGGAAUAGAAGAAGAGGUAUUUUCUAGACUCAUAUUUAGUUUUGAAAAAUUGGAACCAAUUGAACAAUCACUCUUCCUUUCUUGUUGUCUAUUUCCUGAGGAUCACAACAUUAACAAAGAGAAAUUGGUUGAUUUUGCUAUUGGUGAGGAAACUCUGUUUGGGAUCCAUCAACUUGGAGAUAUGAGAAAUAAAAUAGAUGUUUUGGUUGGAAAGCUUCGAAAUUCAUCCAUGCUCGAUGAUGGUGACUACUUUGAUUCAGUUAAAUUGCACGACGUGAUGCGUGAAUUGGGUAUCUGGAUCACAUCUCUUUCUACAUCGAAUAAUUACCAUUCCAAGUUCAUUCCAAAGGCUGGUGUUGGAAUAAUUAAGGCACCCGAUGCCUCAGAAUGGUACAAAGCAUUAAGGAUUUCAUUGAUAAAUAAUUAUCGGAUAGAAUCAUUACCUCAAUUGCCAAAUCAGUGUCCACAACUUCACACAUUGCUCCUUUUAGGCAUUUCUUUUAUCAAGGACAUUCCCCAAGUGAACUUCCUCGACCACAUGCCAGCACUUCGGAUACUAGAUUUGAGCUCUUGUUUUGAGAUACUUCGGUUUUGCCAGACCUUCUACACUUCGAUGGAAAUGUGAGAUUCACGUCAUGUGAGGGUUUGACACGUGCUCCAACUAGCGGCUGUGAAGGGCUAAUUGUAUGAGGUUGUCCAGAUCUCAAGACAUUAUUGAUCGUAGAGGAAGCCGAAAGGAAUGCUUUUGAAAGCUUAUGUAGGUUGGAACUUGAUCAAGUGGAUCAGUUGCAGGCAAUAUGUACUGGGGGUUCCACAAUAUGGAUGUUUUUCUAAUUUGAAAUAUAUAAAAAUAAAGGCAUGUCCUAAUCUAAAGGUGCUUUUCACUAAUGGUGUAACAUGGCUCUUAAAAAAGUUGCAGCGUUUAUAUGUAUAUCGAUGUGCUCAACUAGUGAAGAUAGUAUCAGAUGAGGACUUGGAAUUCAUUGCAUUUCCAAGUUUGGAAGAAAUACAUUUGGAUGAGCACAGCCUGUGUUUGGAUGAGCCUGGACCAGGGAAUUUUUGUGUUAGCCCUGAGCCCAGGGCUGGCUAGUUAGUUGGUGUUCUUAGUAUUUUUUAUUUUUUUCAUCAUACUUUUCCCCUCAACAAAAAAGACUACUUACAAGUGAGGUGGUUUGUGCCACAUAUAAAUAAGAUUUUCUUCCCUAGUUUCUACCGAGUUAAAUAUCAUUUAUUCCUUUCAAACCAGAUAAUACUGUCACCAAUAGGUAACCUGUGGCUGCUGGUUUGUGAAAUAGAAUUUUUUUGUUUCUUCUUUGCUAUUCAUACUGACUGAUUCAAUUCUGUCUUAUGCAUCCUUUUUGUAAUUUGGCAA